AUGGUCACAGCCGUCCAAACCCUCUACGGGCAAUACUACAGCGCCCAAUACAUCAAACGCCUCACCGCCGCGGCGACCCGCAUCGCAGCCUCCCACCUCGCCACCUUUACGACCUGGGACGUCGUCGCAGGCCACUACCCCAACCCGGCAGACGUCGACGCCAUUCUCAUCACGGGCUCCAUCGCCGCCGCCUACGACACGGAGCCCUGGGUCCUCGCCCUCGGCGACUUCAUCCGCCGCGUCUACGAGCACCAUCCCACCGUCCGCAUCUUUGGCACCUGCUUCGGCCACCAGCUCAUCGGCAAAGUCCUCCUCGAGCCUCACGGCGCCAUCGUGGAAAAGGAUCCCAACGGGUACGAGUUUGGCGUCCAGACAAUCUCGUUGAAUCCGAAACUCGUCGAGGAUUUUCCCUGCCUAGCCGCCCUCGCGCCCAUAUCGACAGACUCAAACCAGACCGCAGACUCCCUUUCAUCACCCCCUCACGGCCUUCGACUGCAAAUGUGCCACGGCGACCACGUAGCCCUCUGCCCGCCACCGAACCCCCCUCUCCCAGGAAUCUGGCAAAACAUCGGCGGCAGCGCGCACUGCAGAGUCCAGGGCCUCUACGAGCCCUUCCGGGUCCUCACGAUCCAGCCUCAUUUCGAGUGCGACCAGGUCAUCAUGGAAGAGACCAUUAAGCACUUUUACACGCCCGCCAAGGGCUUCUCUCCAGAGUUUUUGCAGCGCGCGUUCGAUGCGACGAGGAGGGAGGACGACGCGGGGGUUGCUGCGGAGUGGGUGUUUCGAUUCUUGGUUGGGAUCUGA